CCCAAUUACAUUCAACAAUCACCUUCUUAAUUACAACUACGCCGCAAGCAAACACCGCCUCCACCGUUCACUCCGCACUGAAAACAGCAUUGAACAAAAUGAACAAUGAACACAAAACGCGCGUGGCAUUCACGAUCGUCACUUUAACUACUGCUGCAAUAAUCUUCUUCACUGUUCGCCGUAUGCGGCGGAGGAAGCAACGUGAAUCCCCUUCGAGUUCGUGCUACUCACAUUCCGAACCCAAACCGCAGUCGGCUUUUAAGCGAGUUUUAGCUGAUAACUCCUAUGCUCCCUUCAAGCAUUUGAGCUUCAAUGCCUCCAAGAAUAACGGAAAUGGCUCUAGUUUGCAUCCAUUUCAAGCAGAGAUUACGGCGUUGUUACAAAACCAUCAACCUGAAAUUGAACUUGGUGCUGAGAAGUUAGAAAUGAAUGAUUCGUAUGUUUGGGUUGAUACUGAGAUGCAGUUAAAGAAACUGGUUAAUGUAUUGAGCAAGGAAAAAUUCUUUGGUGUGGACACAGAACAACAUAGUUUGCGUUCUUUUCUAGGCUUUACAGGGUUAGUUCAGAUUUCUACACAACAAGAAGAUUAUUUGAUCGAUACAAUUGCUCUCCAUGAUUCUAUGGAAAUUCUCCGUCCAGUUUUUGCUGACCCUUCAAUAUGUAAAGUGUUCCAUGGGGCCGACAAUGAUGUUCUCUGGCUACAGAGGGACUUCCACAUAUACGUUGUUAAUCUAUUCGAUACUUCAAAGGCGUGUGAGGUGCUAUCAAAACCACAAAAAUCACUUGCUUAUUUGCUAGAAACCUAUUGUGGUGUCAAUACAAAUAAAUUAUUACAGCGUGAAGACUGGAGACAACGUCCUCUCUCAGCAGAAAUGGUACAUUAUGCACGGACAGAUGCACACUAUCUGUUGUAUAUUGCAAAUUGUCUGAUCGAUGAACUCAAACAACUGGACAAUGAAAACUCUUGUUCCGAUGACAAAUUCCAUUUUGUUCUCGAGGCUAGUCGACGUUCAAACAUGAUUUGUUUGCAACUUUUCACAAAGGAGAUUGAAGCUUCGCCAGGAGAAUCUGCUGCAUUAUCAUUAUAUUCGCGUCAUCAGAGCAAUCGAGCCUCUCCUUCAAUUUCCAAUGAAACUCAGUUUCUGUCUAUUGUGAGGCAGCUGUGCACAUGGAGAGAUUUGAUGGCUCGUAUUCAUGACGAGAGCUUAAAGUAUGUGUUGUCAGACCAGGCAAUUGUUGCUUUGGCAAGUCGACUUCCAGCAAGUAACUCUGAAAUAUACAACUCCAUAGUUCAGACUGAUGUCAAUGCAGAAACGGGUCUCAGCUCUUCUAUCCCUUCUCCAUCUCCUGUUGUUUGCAGCCACCUCACUGAUAUCUGUCAUCUGCUUGCAAACAAGCUGGUUAACCAUGGUGAUAUUUAUUCUGUGAUUCUUCAAAAGUGUCUAGGUCAAAAUGGAAAUUGUAAACUCAACAUUUCUAAUUAUGCUUUGUUGGUUAACUGUAACGUAAGACCUACUUUAUCCUCUAAACGCUCAAGCCUAAAAAAUCCUAGACAACAUUCUAAAAAGGCUUCUCGAAAUUUGUUUGUUAAAAAAUUCUCUUGCAAAUCUCCUGUUUAUCACAAUUGCCGGAUAUUUGCUAACGACGGGAGGCUGCUUUGUUAUUGUGAUCGGAAGAAGCUUGAAUGGUACCUUAGCCGGGAUCUUGCAAAAGUUGUCGAUGAGGAACCCCCAGCUAUAAUGCUUCUUUUCGAACCCAAAGGCCGGCCAGAGGACGAGGGCAAUGAUUUUUAUAUCCAAAGUAAAAAAAAUAUAUGUGUUGGAUGUGGUGAAGGAAAUCACUAUUUACGAUAUCGAAUAAUCCCAUCAUGCUACAGAAUACAUUUCCCUGAGCAUUUGAAAAGCCACCGCUCUCAUGAUAUUGUCCUACUUUGUGUGGAUUGCCAUGAAGCUGCCCAUGCUGCUGCAGAGAAGUAUAAGAGAAAAGUAGCUUCUGAAUUUGGGAUUCCUCUCUAUGUUCGUAGGGUAAUUCAUCCGGGGCAGGAGACUGAAAAACCGAAUGACGAGGGAGGUGUAUCUCCGUUACAAUUAAGAUCAGCUGCUGUUGCUCUUCUACGUCACGGGCCAAGAAUGCCUCAUGAUCGGCGUGAAGAACUGACUGAGAUUAUAAAGACAUAUUAUGGAGGAAGGGAGAUAUCUAAGGAAGAUCUAGAAAAAGCUUUGCAAGUUGGCAUGACUCCUCACGAGAGAAGAAAGUUUGAGAAGAAGAGAGGAGUAUCAUCUAAACAUUCGACUGGAAGUGCUUCUGCAGUGCCAUAUGAGGGGAAUGAUACUGAUUAUGCACCUGGAAUGAGUAAUGGGGACACAUUGAAGGUUGAUACUCUUGACGGUUCAUACGUAAAUGAAGAAACAAGAAGUGGAGAUAAUAGACAAGAUGAUUCGGGAAAGCCCUCUCUGGCUUCUGAUCUUGCAGUUGAUAAAGCUACUUCAAAUGGAAAUACCAUCGUUGUUAAAACUACUGAUCAUGAUGAUGAUGAAACAAGUUACUCGCUUGUAGAUACUGAUGAGAGUCUUAACAAAAUGCAACCAAAUGUUGUUAGCGACGAAGAAUCAAUCAAAGAUGAAGAUACAACACAAGCAAAACAUCAUUCAAAACUGUCACUUUUAGGACAUGGUCCACAUGGGAAACAAGUUGUAGAUCAUUUACUGAAGGAGUAUGGUGAAGAUGGCAUUAGAGAGUUUUGUCAAAGAUGGAGACAAGUAUUUGUGGAUGCUUUAAAACCGCGUUUUCUUCCCGGGGGAUGGGAUGUAAAACACAGGAUUUGAUUUUGGACGCUAUUUUACCAGCGGAAGAAGGGACUUUGGUGAGUUCAGCGUAUACAAUCAUCAAAAAAGAGAGACUGCUGAUAGUAUGGAGUAACUCUUUGCAGGUUGAACGAGUAACAUGCAUAUUUUAGUCCUUCAAUACUUGUAUUCUGCCCGCCUUUAUUUUGAUAAUACCAUCUACAAUUUUGUUAAUUUUACUAUUCUAUUACUUUUCAGCAUCUUGUUAGAUUAAAAAAAACGGUGGUAGCAACAUUUCUGCCUUUGCUUUGAUUAUUCAACCAUAAAAAUGAUGACAUUCUUGUGAAAUUACAGUAGAAA